AUGGUCAAGCGAUACAAUAGCAUCGGUUCCCUUCCAGGAGCCCCGGGGUUUUCCUUUUCGCCUUCAAAUACAUCAUCGUUGCCAUCAUUUCGCUUUAUCAAGAUACCACAAAACUCCAAGGCAACAACCAUCAAUACUCUUGUCAUAGUCGUCGUCGCCAUCAUCAUUAUCGUCAUAAUCAUCAUCAUCGUCAUCGUCAUCAUCGUCAUCAUCCUCACCAUCCUCACCAUCCUCACCAUCCUCACCAUCCCCAUCAUCCUCACCAUUCUCACCAUUCAUCAUCCGUCAUCAUCCUCAUCAUCCCUCACCAUCGUUGUCAUCGUCUUUCGCCUCUAG